CCGGAUUCACACAGUUAAAAAUGAAAACUCCCUUGUCCUGCUGUCGCCAGUAAUUUAACUCCUUUUACAUUUGUUUUAGACCAAAUUACUUUUUAUAAAAAUGUCGUGCCUUUGUAUAAUGUCACGUGUGUUUGUGUAGUUGAAGGAGGAUUUAUUUAUCGGUUAUGGACCCUCUCAACCAGGUGGAUGUCAUGCACCUUCAGGGGUCUCGUUCUUCAGUAUUAGAUCUAUCAAUGAGUUGCAGACCGAGUCCUUUAAAGACAAACGCAGUGAAGGCUUUGAAUCUGGUCAAAAAGUCAAGCUGGCGUGGCAUUACGUCAGGGAGCAACAAAAAAAAAAUGUCACAACGUCGGUCGGAUAGGUACGUCACUCAGCCUUGCAAUCCAAAUGCACCUGAUCACCAAGAAUCAGCAUCACAACGUCGUGGGUCAAGGGCUUCUGGCGUGUCUUCCCGGGACCCCUGCUCUUUACCUUUACCACAGAUCAAUGGUCAGUCAUCUGUCCAUGUGUUGGUGGAUGAUGAUGAGGAUUGUCGUGUGGAAAUGGAUGAUGUUUGGAUGCAAACAAAAAAACUUUGCAAGAAAACAGAUUCAAGCACAUUAGGAGAUAGGAUGGCGCACAAUGGAUUAGAAACACAUCGACAACACAUUGUAAACAGUUGUGCUGAAACCUACUUAAGUGACACUGUGUCGGUCAUGUCACAGACUAAGGGCUCAUCACAUUUACCUCAGGACACCAAUGCUGCAGCGUACAGGCGACUUUCCACCAGAUCAGCAGUUAAUCAAACUGCUGUGCAGACUCUUGAAUCCCAAUGUACCAGCGCUAAAGAAACAUCUCCAUGCUCAGUUCAGUCCAUCUCUAGUGAUGAUGACAGUGACAUUGUUGAGGUGCCGGUAACCAACUCCAAAUGCAAGACGCCUCCGAACUGUCGCUUUGAAAUUAGGAGAGUUAUAAUCAAUGACAUGCAUACAAAUGGACGUAAUUCCUCCACAAGCCAGGAAGUUGACAGUGACGGUGAAACGCUCAACUCUCCCAAAAAUGUGAACAAUGUCCCUGUGCUGGAUGGACCAGAUUUUAAAGCCCAGGAUGUUAAGACUGGAUCAAAAUCCAAAUCGCUGCUGUCAUGGAUGGAAUCGAUCAUGAUACCAAUCGUCCCGCAGGACAGCGAUCAAGACACAAAUCAGGCUUUUCCCAAACUCUUCCCUUCUACGUCAGAAAACACAAGCAUCCUGAGGUCUCCACCCAGUGGGGCAUUGUCUUUGACAUCCAGGCAAGCACGGAAGACUCCAGCCACAAACAGCAUGAAGCGAUCCAAACCCAGGCCCAAACAGAAGAAACCACCAGUUUCAUCGGGCGGCAAGUCGGCAGCGAGCACACCCAAAAAAAGACGCCGCAAACCUUGCUUUUCCGGGACUACGUCCAUGUUUUCUCCUCACGAACCGGAGAUCAAACUUAAAUAUGCAAACCUUAAAGAGGACAAGAAAGAUGCUAAGGGGGACGAAUUUGCCCCGUACAUUCACAUGGAGUUCUCGUCCUGCACAAUCGUCAACUUUAGGGACGAGGAUGAUUUUGCAUCCAAGAAAGGGCAGCAGCCGACCGUUUGUGGUGUUAUUCCAACGACUUCUUGUUUGCAGCUGGGACGUGUUGGCACAGAUGACAGGUUUCACGUCAGGAACAUCUGCUCCCUGUGUGGCAGGACGGCCAAUUGUGAAGGUCUUGGGGAUUUACAUGGGCCAUACUACCCGAGUGGAGUUCGGCCUGUCUGUAAGAACAACAGCAGUCCCCCUGCUCAGAGACAAGAGGGCAGCGAUUUAGACUCUGUCUAUAGUUUAGAGGAUGGUGUGGCUCAGGUUAUCAAAUGGACAGAUAUGUCAUCAUCUAGACGGCAGAGAAGAGAGAACUGUGUAGAGAAGGAUGAAGAGUCUGGUGUUUAUAGUGAACACUGGAUACACGGGGACUGUAGCAUUUGGUCUGCAGGUGUCUUUUUGGUUAAAGGAAAACUGUACGGAUUGGGGGAAGCCAUCCGGUUGGCGCAAGGAAUAGUGUGCUCACACUGUCACAGAGUCGGUGCCACAUUGGGAUGUUUCUUCAAAGAUUGCCCAAAUAAAUAUCACUUCCCCUGUGCCCUGCAGUCAGACUGUGUACUCAGUGAGGAAAACUUCACGAUAAGAUGCUCUAAUCACAAGAAUAAAUCCUCCAGACUAAGUGUGAGCAGACUGAAGAACAGAUGACAUCUGGGAGGCAAUGAAAUGUCUUGGAAGGUAGACUUCAUCAGACAUUUGUUUCUCUGACUUUGGAGUUUACACAUUUUUAUUUGAUUUUAUUCUUCUAAUAUUUGAGUGUUAACAUCAUGUACUCUCAGGCAGAUAAUUGUUCAGAACAUGUUCUCUGUCUGCCGCUGCCUUUUUGUCGGGUCGAGAGGUUCCCUCAGACAAUGCUGGAUUCAUUUUUUUUUUAUUGCAUUCCAUUGCAUUUUGGACACUUGAGAUGUAUUCAACCUUUGGAGAUUUUUAAAUCUUCACUGAAGUUUCCGUAAGGCCAAAUAUCUCCUCCUGAUCUACUUCAGACUGAAUCCAGUUAAGCGCUUUACAGCAUUGUACAGUGAAUGGAUUUAACUAAUGAAAGCAUUACUUGAUUUAAAAUAAAAACACAAACACCACACGUACAUUGAGCUUACAUGAACUCCAAUGGCUCAUUUCUCAUUUAAUAUGUAACAUAAACUGAAGGAGUGAUGUCAGCAGGUGCUGAAUGAGAUGCUUGUCCUAAAAUGGUACCGUAUGCACUAUUAUGUGUAUUUAUUUCUAUUUAUGUCUAAUGCAUAUGUGUAUAUUUAUUUUGAACUUGAGACCAAGACCAGGCGUGUUUUGGCACCUGCAGUAAAGUAACUUUAUCAUUUGAUGUGGGUAACGGCUACAGGGUUAAAUAUGGAUCUGAUUUCAGUUUUCAAUUUCAAUUGUGGCCGAAGAAUCGAGGAUCCACCUUGUCUGGAAUUUUGCAUUUCACCUGAUGCCUUGUGAUGUCUCGUUCUGUUUUAAUAAACGUUUUUAAUCUACA